UUCGGUUCAAUCUGAUCUUGGUUCAAGCCCGCAACUUCAUGAUGGACCAAGCAGGAUAGAAGUGGCUUGAGCACGGGAUGACCGAUGCCAGAGGGGCAUUGCGCAAAACUGGUUUCCAAGAGCAGGGGAAGCUGCCUGGAACAAACCGCACCCUGCUGCCAGCCAUGAAGAAAAGCGGAAAGGCGCACUUUGAGGAGCAUGGGUGCCCAGACACGCGUGCGUUUGCAGCACUGCUCCUCAAACGGUUUGAGACCUUGGAAGAGGCUUACAGGCACUUCGAUGGCAAUAAGAACUACCAGCUGGGGAUGACGGAGUUUGUUUCUGGAGCAAGAGCUUUGCAUUUCACAGGCAACGCCAGGGCAGUGUUUAAGGAAUUGGACAAAAAUAACAACGGAAACAUCUCCAUAGAGGAGUUCAAGGCUUUUCGCCUGCUAAAAGCCUCAGAGGAAGAAGCCGUGACAUCCAAGACGCGCCGUGACGAGGUGCUGGAGCGAAAGCAGCGCUCACCCAUUCAGCCUCCGAGCAGACACAUGCGGAGUACAUGUUUGGCUUCUAGCCACAUACGGUUUCCUGAGGCUGAACACAUCUCGUCCUCUGCCGGCUUCUUCUCUUUCAAACGUGAAGGUACUGGCCGUUCAGACUUAUUGCUUCACCCUGAUCAGCUUCCAGGCUGCGAUGGUGAGAACUUUUCGAAAGAGCACGGGCCUGGCUACUGCCAGAAAGGUCCAGAGCACUUUGCAGAGGUAAUGACAGAUAUGCAUCCUCUUCGUGGCAACAAAUUCAAGAUUGGGAGCAUGGUGACUCGGACGGAACGCUUCGGACCUGCUAUCCCUUCGGUGGAAGGCAAGAAGGACCUCGACCACAGCGCAUCCAACUUCGCGACCUACAAGGGUCAGAUGCCUCAAACGAACUGGCGCACGGACGGCACUGGAGCGCAAGUGCUUUUGUCCAAAAGGGCACGAAUGUGCCUUACAACUGGUUUUACAGACAGCUUCAGCGUUGGCCUGGUCAAGCCAGUGCCAUUCGGUCCAUGGGGUGAGUCCAGAAUGACCUUGAGACUCUCGAGACUAAAAUCCCAGAGUGAGACCUCCUUGAAGUACAAGGACAAACGAGACUAAUUCGUGGAAGCUGGAUUGCAAU